AUGCCGGACGCAGGGAGCUCACCAACCGAUCGUGCAGGAGGAGAGAUGCCCUCCUUCAUACAAGAUGAGGAAUUUUGGUACUCAGACGGUACUGUCAUCCUGCUGGCUCGUAACGAAUUGGCCUUCCGCGUGCACAGAGGCGUACUCGCGGAUCACUCUACCGUGUUCCACGAUCUCUUCGUUGUGCCUCAGCCUCCAGAAGAAGCAUGCCACGCAGGUUGUCCGAUAGUAACUCUAUCUGACGCCCCGGACGAGCUGAGGUAUCUGUUGAGGGCUCUCUAUCAUCCUCGCAGAUACUACAUGCCAGACCAAUGUGUAUCCUUUGCCAUGGUCGCGGCACUGUUACGACUCGGCCACAAAUACGCCAUAGACGAUCUCGUGUCGUCCGCGCUUUCGAGGCUCAAGACAUGCUUUUCCACUUCUUUCGAUAUGUACUGCACCGCGAUUACUGCUGGCGGGAGCGAGGCGAUGUCAUUCAGCUCAGAAGACGCGAUGGCUACGGUGAAUCUCGCACGCCUCAUCGGCGAAGACGCGAACACCAUCCUCCCGAGCGCGCUCUACACAUGUUGCCAGCUGCCCGCGGAGGUACUGGCCCACGGCGUUUCCAGCGGAAGCAGAGACGUACAGAAGCUCAGUGACGCGGAUCUGGAGCGGUGCAUCGAUGCCCGAGCACGACUGGCCGCACUUGCGUUGUCCUCCACCAUCCGGAGGCUCCAGCCGACCUCAGAUUUCCCAGACGAUCCCGUAGCGCAGAAGGAAGGUGGUGCAAGCUGCACGCAAGCGUUCUGUCCGUCCUAUCUCGCCGCGGCGGUGUCCAGAGUACUUCUUGGAACUUUGGGUCUUCCGAGACUGUCGGGAGCCUUGGAUAGUAUUGACUGGUUCGUCGCCAACGCCGUGAGGGGCGGGCUUUUAUGCCGUGUAUGCACAGAAAGCGUCAAGGACCAGGACAGGCGAGAGCGAUUACGGAUAUGGAGAAUGCUGCCGGCGGUUCUUGGCUUACAGCUGGAAACAUGGGGCGAAGCCGACGGGCAGAAAUUGUAA